UGUGUAAGGUAUGUAAGUACCUUAACCUAAUGUACAUGUACAUGUAGGUGGUAAUUUGUCUCCGCCAAAUAAGCUAUGGUCUGUGCAUAGGUACUUAAGAACUUGUCACCUGGCCAUAGCGACUGCCGACGUCAUUCAUCAUCGUUCACUUUCGAGACAAAGAAUUCCGAGGUCACAAUGAACUUUAUAAUUGUUCCAAUUACCAUCAAUUGUCAACUGAUCCAUAAUACAUCUCACAGUAUUUACCUUCCAUGUUUAAAAACUCCAACGAAGUAUUUCAUAUCAUAAACAUAAAACUCUGGAGCUAAAACGGGAAAAACAGGAACUGGUCAUUAUUGGAUUCUCAUCACGCAUAAUCUCUCGAAGCAUUAAUUUUAUCUGAAUGCAGAUCCCCCCCUAACGAGUCCAGUGACGACUAGCAGUCCCUCAAGGUCCCUCAAGUCAGGCCGUAUCAUGGCAGAGAAAUAUAUCGUCCGAGUAACCGCUGGGCCGGAUUACGAUAUAGACCAGCAUAUCGUGGUCCCAGUCAAUUCACAUGAGCCAGUAAAGAUCAGCAACGAAUUGGUUGACGCUGAAAUAAAUGUCCGCGUGCAGAACUAUCACGGCUUACCGAGAAAUUCGCCAAGCACAUCACCAUAUUUCUCUUUAGAGCCGCACUCUACCAACAAGGAUCAAUACAGCAUAGCAGUUCGGUUCACGCCUAAGAGGCCAGCCAAAACCUCGAGAUCAAAACCUACUUCCAAGGACCCAUCAAGAUCGUCAUCUACAUCCAGAGUGCCACAGGAUGACAUACCUCCUGAAUCAUCAUCUCCUGCAACUGCCGUUGAAGACGAUGAUGAAUCUAUAGACGGAAUAUCCGGUGAGGACCUCCAUUUCGGCAAUGAUUUUGAUCAUCCUAUCCGCGAUCGCCUCCCACCUGGCUUCAAUUAUGCUAUGAACAUUGUAAAGUGGUGGAUCGAUCCCGGCCUCGAAGGCGACGCAUACGCCGAUAAACCAUAUCUUUAUGGCCCAGCCCUAUCCUCAUUCAACACCAUCCACAUAGGGUCAGGAGAGGUCAGUCCUGAAAAGGGUGGGCUAUCGUUUGAAGAGGGUGGUGACCAGGACGGCCUGAAAGAACGAAAAGAAGUGGGUAUGCCGGGAGGAGCGAAAGAGCGUAUGCAAUGGGCCUUGAAGGCUGCCAACAAGAGCAGAUGGGCCUUCCAGUACGACAAGACCUACUGCCUCGAUUUCUUCAAUCCGUAUCUUGACUUCAACGAAUUCAGCCUGCGCUUACCAGGCUUUACUCUGCCUAUCAUGAAAUAUUGGGAUGGUCAAGGCCUGAGGUACAGACCGAAACGCUCACACAUCCUUAGAUACGUGCUGCGGAAUCGCUCAACUAACGAUACGUACUUCGUUGUUGUGUUUACGCUGCACCUCAAAGAGGAUGUCAACGAGGAUGGGUCGCUAAAGCCAGCUGCAAUUGAGGCUCUCAAGGAACGUAAGAUGACCACAGGCUCGGAAAAAGAGGCAGACGUGACCAAGGAUGGUGAUUACCAGGAGGCCCGGAAGCAGUUCGAGAAGCUCGACGUUGGUGAAAAGGGUAAUAAGGAAGGAGAAGACGGCGGUGUAGACUAGAAUUGCGGUUACAUACACUCAGGCGCCUGUUUGAAAAUAUAGAAUAGGUUGGGUACCUAGAUAUUAUACUAUAGAGAUACUAGUAGGGAGAUAAAUGGAUAUACCAUUGGAUCUAUGCGUCAGUGAU